UUUUUCUGUCAUUCUGAGAUUUAUUCACCCGCAGCCGCGCGCAGGAGGAGCACAGCGCGAGAUGCUGAGGCUGAAAUAACGCGCGCGGACAGCACAUAUUCAACCCCGGACACUUCAGAUGUGCUGAAAGAGAACAAGAGAGAGAGAGAGAGAGAGAGAGAGAGAGAGAGAGAGAGAGAGAGAGAGCAGCAUCCCGCGGGCAGAUGAUCCAGAGGAACUAACUUGCCUCCGCCGUUUGAGAGCUCCCCCUGCUGGACCGGAAGACAGCAUCUGUUGCUUCAGCCCUGCAGGUCAUGAGCAGUGUAAAGGGCCAGCUUGGACAGGAUGUGGAGAAACAAGGCAUCAAGCUGCCAAAGAAAUGGAGCGAUCCCAACGACAAGAUCCCCACAGACCGGACCAUGGUGGUGGGAGGCCUGGCUGGAGGUGGAGAUUCCUCAGAUGGUCCAGGAGGUCAACUGAAGAAGCGCCGGCAGCGCUACGUGGAAAAAGAUGGCAAGUGUAAUGUUCACCAUGGCAACGUUCGGGAAACCUACCGCUAUCUGACGGACAUCUUUACCACACUGGUGGACCUGAAGUGGCGCUUCAACCUGCUGGUGUUCACACUGGUCUACACCACCACAUGGGUUUUCUUCGGCCUCAUCUGGUGGUUGAUCGCCUAUGCCAGAGGUGACCUCGACCACACAGAUGAUGGAGACUGGACGCCAUGCGUCAACAACCUAAAUGGUUUUGUCUCAGCUUUCCUCUUCUCCAUUGAGACGGAGACAACCAUUGGCUAUGGCUACCGUGUGAUAACAGAGAAGUGUCCAGAAGGUAUCAUCCUGCUUUUGGUGCAGGCCAUCCUGGGCUCCAUCGUCAAUGCCUUCAUGGUGGGCUGCAUGUUCGUGAAAAUCUCACAGCCCAAGAAACGCGCUGAGACACUGAUGUUCUCACAGAAUGCCGUAAUUUCCAUGCGGGACAGCAAGCUUUGCCUGAUGUUCCGGGUGGGAGACUUGCGCAACUCGCACAUCGUGGAAGCAUCAAUACGAGCCAAGCUGAUCCGCUCCAAACAGACCAAAGAAGGAGAGUUCAUCCCCCUAAACCAGACGGACAUCAACGUAGGCUUCGACACUGGAGAUGACCGACUCUUUCUGGUGUCUCCGCUCAUCAUCUGCCAUGAGUUUAACGAAAGUAGCCCCUUCUGGGAGAUCUCUCAGGAGCAGCUGGCAAGAGAGGAGUUCGAGAUAGUGGUCAUUCUGGAGGGGAUGGUGGAGGCCACAGGGAUGACUUGUCAGGCUCGUAGUUCAUAUCUGGACUCGGAGGUUCUGUGGGGCAAGCGCUUUACGCCAGUUCUCUCUCUGGAGGAGGGCUUUUACGAAGUCGAUUAUGACACAUUCCACCAAACAUACCCAACCCCCACCCCCACCUGCUCCGCCCGCGAGCUCACCGAACUCGCCAAGAAAGGAGAGGCCAUUCCCCUGCCUCCACUUUCACCACCGGCCAGCGGCGGGGGCACCCCGAACCCAUCGGUGGAGGAGGGAGAGGGGGAGGAGGACGGAGAAGAAGAGAACGUUAGCAACGGGGAUGUGAAAAAAAUGGACACUGACCAUCAGUAUGAAGGAGAGCUAGCCUACUGACCACACGCCCUUCCGUUGGGUCAGGACAGACAGAAGAAUAGAGGGAUUAAAGCGAUAGUACAACUAAAACUUAGACAACUUCAUCCCCUUUAUGGCAAAUGUGGUCAAUCAGUUUAGUAUCUGAAUUUUGCCUUUUCAUGCUGCAUUUGGUUUAACUAGAAAUGGGAAUUACAGAAGUAAUACGCCAUUAUCAACCUCCGGUUGUUCGAGCUACAAAGUGGCAAAAAAAAUUAAAGACAUUUCCAUGAAAGCAAGUGAUGCAACAAGCUAGCCAGCUAAUGUCAUUGAUAUGUGCUGCAGCUUUAACAUCUAUAAUAUAUUGUAGCAUCGGUGUAGAGUAACAAAAACACCCACACUUUCAGAUACAAUAACUACAAAUAACAUACAACACAUCUUUACACUAACGAACAACGACAUACAUCACCCAGCUGCCAAUCUCUCUCCGCCACCCACUGCAGCAUUAAUGCAGGUGUGAGUCCCACUUCAGUGCUUGGGCCCCGCUGCCCAUGCUGCAGUUGGCCCAGAGACUUGGCCUCCAAUAAACCUCUCACGCUGGUCUGGGCCUUUCCACAUCAGCUCUGCCAUCAAGUUCCAGCAGGCUGUCUUUCCAGUGAAGUCAUGGUUUUUCACUGGGCUCUGCCUCUCUUCUUUGAAGUGUUGUUCCACUCCACACCACUGGGAAGGGUGCUAUCCCACUUCUGACACCAAUGUAGGCUCAGUGUAAAAAAAAAAAAAGGCACAUGGGGAGGUCACAUCCAGACACAGCCCUCACCCUCACAGUGACCAACCCCCAACACAACACACCAACACCCCCUGAUGCAUCCAUCCAUUAUCUAAGCCGCUUCUCCGUCAGGGUCGCAGGGGGAUGCUGGAGCCUAUCCCAGCAGUCUUCGGGCGGAAGGCAGGAUACACCCCCUGACGCAAUAUAUCACUAAUAACACGUCACACAUCUUUAUGCUAACAAACAACAGCCAGCCAGUAGCAGGUCCCUGCAGUAUUUACCUUCUCAAAACAAAGAACUUUAUGGCCAGUUUUACAGAUUAAACCAAGUACUGUGUCUUUUUUAAUUGAGCUGAAGCUUAUACUACUAUACUCUUUUUUUACACAUAAUUUGAGCUUAGCAGGUGAUAUUUGUUUUUCUUUGGACAUUGACGAUAUGCUGGUUUGGCUGGUGACCAGCCGUGCUGGUCUAUACCAGUUUUUCUAUCAGGCACAUGUCAGCUACAUUAGCCUUUUAGCUCCAGUGUUAAAACUAAAGAAGCAAACUUCAGAUGCCAAACACGUCUCGGCUGAUUGACGACAUUUGAGAUUGGUGAUGUUUUGCCAAACUGUCACUUUAAGAGGACGUUAAUUCAGACUGCUGGUCUGGCAGAUACGUGCACUCAGGGAUGGGGGAAGGUAUUUUAAGUUGGGGGGCUGUAAUUUUAAAUAGCAUAUAUGAGACGUGAACGAUGACGUCAUGCCUUUUUUGUUAAUUUACAUCAGAACGUGUCACACAGUGCUAUUAUGAGGUGAGAGAUGAUAACAUAUGCAUAUAACCAACACAUCAAACUGCUGACGCAUAUCACUCUGCUCUCUCGUUCUGGAUGAACUUUAUGCAAAUGAGCUGAGUAGCGACCAAUCAGAUUGUUGAAAUGGGGCGCAGCAGGCUAUUAUGUGACGCUCACAGUCAUGUGGUGAAAUUUAACACUGAAACGCACAAAGAGUGAAAGAUUUAAGAGUUGAUAAAGGCUCCAUUAUUACGAUAUAACAGUAUUAGGCUGCUUUGAGGUUAAGAGCUGGCCUAAUAAGUUUUCAAGAUUUCAUAAAUCUCAAGCUACGUGUGUUUUAUUGACACAGCCCCAAAGCGGCCAACGGUUUUUGGUAAUGAAAAUAGGGCCUUCACUUAAACAAGUUCAGAACGAUUUACUACUAUUAUUAUUUUAGCCAUCACAAUCCUGAAAUCUGGGGGUGCUGUAGCCCCCUCAGCCCCCCCACUCCCCACAUCCCUGCGUGCACUGAUGCUUAUUCCGCUAAUUAAGGUGAUAUUUUACAAAACAGAGCAAAACUUUACGUCUAGGUAAAGUCAUUCUGGGCUGUACUGAUUUCACAAGACAAUCUCCGGAGAGAGUUUAGUAUCAGAUGCUGUUUUAGGCCUCAGUAACUAAUUACAUUUUUAGAGGAGCUGUUUUAGGCAUUACAGGUGUCAUAAAUUAAGGCACUUUUGGCAUGGAUUUGUUUACUUUAGUCAGUAUUAACGCCGCGUACGUCACGUCUCUGAUGUUCAUGCAUUGUGUUUUGCUUGUAUAAUUGCUUUUGUAGGUUUACAAUGUAGUUCUGAUUUCAGAUGUUCCGUCCAUCGUGUGCUUCAAGCCCAUCAGUGGCCCAUCACUCAUCACACCUCUGAGCGAAUCUCAGAUGUGUUAACGUGCUCUAACACAUAUGCAAGUUAUAGGUUUGUUUAUUUAUUGUGUAAGUAAAGGACGCCUCCUACUGGCCUUACACAAUAACACAGUUUUCAUUGACAUGGACUGUAGCCUGCGGCUGGGCAGUGCAACUCCAUCAUUAAACCUUUCGUAGACCAUUAUCUUAAAUAAAGAAACCUGGAUUAGUA